GGACCGCGCGGGGGUGACGUUGGAAACCAAGAUGGCGGCGGGGAGCAGCAACUACUGGGAGGACCUACGGAAACAGGCUCGACAGCUGGAAAAUGAACUGGAUUUGAAGUUGGUUUCGUUCAGCAAGCUGUGCACAAGUUACAGUGGAACGGCAAUACGAGAUGGACGCCGCGACAGGUAUAGCUUUAAAAUCGAUAAAAGAAGUUUUGACCCAAGAUGGACAUUAACAAGCUCUGAUACAACGCCGCUUCUUAAUGGAUCGAGUCAAGAUAGGAUGUUUGAUACGAUGGCUGUGGAAAUUGAACAACUAUUAGCCAAGCUCACAGGAGUCAAUGACAAAAUGGCAGAAUACACGUCAACACCUGGAGUGACGUCAUUGAACGCAGCACUCAUGCACACACUACAGCGGCACAGGGACAUUCUACAGGAUUAUACACAUGAAUUUAAUAAAACCAAAGCAAACUUUAUUGCAAUCCGAGAACGAGAAGACUUGUUGGGAUCCGUUCGGAAAGAUAUUGAAUCUUACAAAAGUGGAUCGGGAGUUAACAACAGAAGAACAGAAUUAUUCCUAAAAGAACACGAUCACCUCCGGAACUCAGAUCGGCUGAUAGAAGACACAAUAAGCAUCGCCAUGGCAACGAAAGAAAAUGUGACAUCACAACGAGGAGUGCUGAAGACAAUACAAAGCAAAGUCAACUCCUUGGCCAAUCGAUUUCCUGCCAUCAACAGUUUGGUUCAAAGGUUAAAUUUGCGGAAACGCAGGGAUACAUUAAUUUUGGGAGGUGUUAUUGGCGUUUGCACUAUUUUAUUGCUACUGUAUGCUUUUCACUGAUGUAAUAUUCUACCAAGAUGCUUCUGCAGCUAUAAGGCAGUGGGGCAGGGACAUAUCGACCCAACCUGUAUACAGUGGUGAGGAUAAAUGGACCGUGAUUAUCAUCGAAUGGUUUCAAGCAACAUUCCCCUGGGCCACAGUCGUGUGAUUAGUUUAUGAUCAAAUCCUCUGAUUUAUGUUUAAUUGACUCAUCUGUUGGAAAGUAUAAUUGUGAUUGACAGCACGCCAGUGUCUGAAGAGUGGUUGAAGGGGGUCUAUUUCUGCUACCUCUGUCCCCAACUUCAGGCUCCAGGUAGUACAUAACUGCUUCAUUUACACUUAUAGAGUCACAUUUAAUAAUAAACUACCGGCAAUGUGUCUUUAUCCAAUAUAUGUAUUUUCAAGAGCGUGUACUCAAAAACUGGUUCCAUGACGAAGGGUGGUGCAAUAUGUUGUGUGCCUGGGUCACCCAGUGGCAGAGCACCAGUCAACUCCAUGACCAUCUCCUCGCGUCCACUCUCUGCCCUCUUCCCGGAGAACGAGCGAGAUUGUCUGUCCAAAGUUUGAUCUGAAUCGAGCAUUAUUGCCCUGGGACCCAGGCUCGAGAAACUGACCUAGUGUUUAUUGCCCAGGGACCCAGGCUCCAGAAACUGACCCAAUGUUUGUUGCCCAGGGACCCAGGCUCCAGAAACUGACCCAGUGUUUAUUGCCCAGGGACCCAGGCUCCAGAAACUGACCCAAUGUUUGUUGCCCAGGGACCCAGGCCCCAGGGACCCAGUGUGUGUUGCCCAGGGACCCAGGCUCCAGAAGCUGACUCAUCCUCAUGCACAGGUGACCAAAGUUUGGAGAGAAGAGAAAGGGAGUUAUUUUCCAACAUAAAUAUAUAUUCAAAUGUAACUAGUGAGUUUUGCAGCACCUGUUAAACACCGAGUGAUUGCCACACUCAGCAGCGUGCGGUGUUUGUUGGCCCAUCACCUUCUAUUGAAGGUUUCAGCAUGGUUCCUGAGACACACAGCAUCAUGGAAUAACCGGCUGUGGUCACCGGAGCACCCAGAUCAACCCAGUGCUCUCACUUCAAACCUUUUUAGACUUGCGGGGGAAAAAAACAACUGGCAAAGCUUCAUUUUAUUGAUGGGAGAAACCCAAAACACCAAGGUCUAACAUCAUGUUGAAUAGAUGCAAUCUGAUUUUAAUUUUUACUCCUUCAGUAAUUUCCCACGGAUUUGUGAUUUGUCCUUGGCCCAGGUUUUGAGAUCGCGGUGCAUUCAUUCACAAACCCUGACACUGCGGCCCCCGGGCUUGCAGAGUGUGUAACCAAUAGUUGUCGGGCCUUGAGAGAGAAUCUGUCCCUCGGAUGGAGGUAACCAAUAGAAAUAUGGUCGUGAUUUCACGCAGACACAUGUCUCAAUAUUCGGAAACAUGAAUCAUUCCAAUAGUGUUCAGUAAGAAAUUCACUUUUUGUAUGUAACACUGUCUUUUGAACUUAUGCUAUUAUCUAUUUCCCUUGACAGCUUUUAUGGAUUAACUCGACUACCAGAUGUCAAAUUGGCUAUGUUCAAAUUCAAAUUCUUUAUUUGUAUAACUUGAUUUUGUUUUUGUUUCCCACUUUGUUGAGUUAAUCCAUAUAAAGUGUCCACUUCUGCCCUUCAAUAGUUAAUAAAGCUGCUAUGGUUUUUUUAAUCUUUUCAAAACUGUCUGCCUGCCCGCCCGCACUCCGCUUCAUUAAUGCUUCUGGAAAUUUUGUUCAUGUAGAUUUUAAUCUUGUAAAAUAACUUCUGUUCUCAGCGACUGACUGCAUUUUCUGCCUUGUACAGAGGAGCUUUAAUUGUAUGUAAUUUGUUAAUAAAUUAGAAUUCUAAGUGAC